AUGGUUCUGUGUUUCCUGAUCCACACGGUGUGCGGGGUGAGUGCGCUGGGCCCCGGGGACAGCAGAGUGCUCUACUACCGGGGCUUCGGUCCACAUCAGCCCGAGGAGGAGAUCCAGGAGCAUGGGCCAGAGGAGAGGAGACUGCUGCUCAAGGAGAGGCUCGCUGUGGUCGCCAGGCAGGUGCGCAGUGCCGUAACCCUGUCCCGCGAGGCCUCCGGGCGGCAGCUUGUGGAGGUGGUCCCAGGAGAGGAGGGGCUGGCUCUGCAGGAGGCCGACAGCGGGGUGGUGCGUCUCCGAGCGGGGCAGCCCUUCUCUGGGGAGAUGAGCGCUCUGUGGCUGGGCGUCCUGAACCUGGCCUUCACUCUGGUGUGUGAGCCUCACGACAACCUGCUGCUGGCGGAGGGCACCCUGAGGACCCUGGCCCGCCUCUGUGUGGAGCACCUGCACAUGCUGGGCCAGGGCAGCGAGGUCCUUCUGAGGAGCAAUCGCGUGGACUUCUUGCUCAGUCGUCUGCUUCCUCACGGACAGCUGCUCUUCUUGAACCACAAAUUUGCUCAAAGUCUGGAGAAGGAGGUGGCACUCUACAUGACCAAGUGA